CGAGGGCCUAUCAGGGGCGGGCGGGCGCGCUGGGCGCCGGAGCAGGUUUGACGGAAGGAGCGGCGGCGGCGGUGGCGGUGGCGGAGGAUGGAGGCGGUGGUGUUCGUCUUCUCUCUCCUCGACUGUUGCGCGCUCAUCUUCCUCUCCGUGUACUUCAUAAUUACACUGUCUGAUUUAGAAUGUGAUUACAUUAACGCUAGAUCAUGUUGCUCAAAAUUAAACAAGUGGGUGAUUCCAGAAUUGAUUGGCCAUACCAUCGUCACGGUGUUAAUGCUCGUUUCAUUGCACUGGUUCAUCUUCCUCCUCAACUUGCCUGUUGCCACUUGGAAUAUAUAUCGAUUCAUCAUGGUGCCCAGUGGGAACAUGGGAGUGUUUGAUCCGACAGAGAUACACAACCGGGGGCAGCUGAAGUCACACAUGAAGGAAGCCAUGAUCAAGCUCGGCUUCCACCUGCUCUGUUUCUUCAUGUAUCUUUACAGUAUGAUUUUAGCUUUGAUAAACGACUGAAGCUGGAGGAGCCGCGGGGCGCAGUCCGGGAGCCAGAGACGGCUGAACUCAUCCUUAGAACCGUGACCAUAGCAGUAUAUUUUUCCCUCUUUGAACAAAAAAAAAUAUUUUUGCUGUAUUUUUACCAUAUAAAGUAUUUAAAAAACACGAA